AUGACUUACUUUGUCUCACAUAGUACAUUUGCUAGCAACCCUGCUGCGACAAUAUCAUGGACAUACGGAGGAGAAAAUGUCACGUCACGAGCUAUAAGUACUCAAGAACCUAGUUCACAAAAGACUGUCAUUCCAACUGCCUACGUCGCAGAAGUGGAUUCAGAGGCUGAGCUAGGUACAACACGUAUGCUCACCUGUAAUGUUGAAACAGUGUUAAGUGUCACAGUCUUGUGGUACAAAACUGGAAGUAAUGCACCAUUGCAGAACAACCAAUUGAACUACAUCAUUGGCCAGAGAACUUUGACUUUCAGUCCAGUAAUUCUUGAACAUGAGGGAAGUUACAUGUGCAGUGCUUACAAUGCUGCCGGAUCGUCUGGGCUGAGUACACCUGUUGUCUUCACAGUGUAUCAAUUGCCAGGUGUCCCUACCAUCACGUUUCCUGUUACGGGUGUUGAAGGAAAGACAAUCUACACAAACGCUUCUAUAUAUGGUGGUUAUCCCGUCCCGACCCUGACGUGGGCAAGAAAUGGAACCGCUCUCGAUAGCAGUUCCACAACUAUUGGCAACGUCACCUACAACACUUUUUCUUUCAUUCCAUCUCUGGCAGAUAUUAAAGUACCGUUCAGGGUUACAUCUGCUAACGCCUUUGGGACACGUUUUCUUGUUGCUUCUUUGACUGAUGUGUAUGUAUUCGUCAAUGCCUUAUUUCUUAUCACAGCUCCAGCAACAUCUCCUGCUAUAGAUGGUGCUAGUGAAGCUUAUGAAGACGGACCCAUCCAACAUCAAUGUUAUUCGGUCAGAGCGAGACCAGCUCCUGCGUUCUUCUGGUUCCUUGGGGACACCGACAUGACGUCACAGGCCAGUCAGUCAAGUGUCAAUAACUCUGACUUCCUAACUGUUCGUACGAUAUCAAACCUCACUUUUACGCCGACACCUGAGGAUGUAGGGAAGCCUCUAAUAUGCGUAUUGCACCAGCCCGACGGACAUGAUUUUAACCUGUCGAUCACAUUGACCCUGACGAUUUACCUUAAACCAAGGGUUAGCCUGGAACCUACUUCAUCCAACGUGAAAAUUGGUACCAACAAGAACAUCAGGUGCCGAGUAGAUUCAGUUUUAGGAUUUAUAGUGUUAUGGUUCAUUGACAACUUUGAGAUAUCUCCCACGGAUAACAACUAUUUCAUGUCCGGUGAAUAUCUUACCAUUGUGGACUUCCAGACGGCAGACGAUGGGGCAUAUUCUUGCAAAGCCGAGAACAAGGCUGGUUUGUCCAAUCAAACCAGCCAAAUGGUUUUAAGUGCCUAUGAUCCUCCUGGAGUACCGACAAUAACUAUAUCGCCAUCAUCUGUUCCAUAUGAAGGAGAGACAAUUUCCCUGACUUGUACUACAAUUCUGCCCUCUUCACAAAGGACUACCAUUUUGGGAAAUUCUAUAUUAUAUGAAAAUCAGACAAGCCUAUUCUACUGUGAAACCAUGAGAACAUUACCACCAGCCUCCAUAUCUUGGUUUCUUGAUGAGGAAUUUCUUGCGGGACAAAUUUCACAAGAUCGUAACUCAGACGGAACGUACAAUGUAUUUUCUAACCUGACACAUAGAGCGCGAUACAGCGAUUCUGGAGUCAUGAAACUGGUGUGCAGAGUAUCCUUUAAUGAAACCGGACCAACGAUAAAUAAAACGUUACAACUGUACGGCUACUCUAUACCAAGAGUUUCUAUAACAAAUUCCUCUGUGACGGUAGAGAAAGGCAGGCCUCUGACACUCCAUUGCACAGUUGUUUCCGAGCUUGGGGCGACGGUAUCCUGGCACAGAUCAAACACCGGUCUGGCUGUGUCAUCAACAACUCGUUUUACGUUCAAUGGUCCCAAUCUUACCAUAAAUGCUGUCGAUAUUAGUGACGAGGGACCUUACCACUGUGCAGCCCAGAAUGCUGCUGGAGUUUCCGACAGCAGUAACAUUUUGGUGGCAACUGUAUUUGCUUAUCCUGUAAAGCCAGUUAUCGCAGGCCUUGAGGUCGCUGUGGUAGAGAACACGAUUUUGACCAUUAAUUGUACCUCAGCGGACGGCUACCCUCUUCCGAUAAUUACCUGGUACCGUAAUGGAGCCCUUUUCCUUACGGCUCCUGCCGGAUUAGUUAGCUCCUACACAUUUGUAGUGACGUUUAGUGGUCGGGAAGAUGUGUUUACAUGUAAUGCUGCGAAUUUCUACAGCAAUUCGACUUCUGACCCCAAGAAAAUCCAAGAUGUUUAUGUGCUUCCGGAGAUUCAAAACGUCCCCGAAAGUCGGCUGGUGGAGCUAUUCACUGCCGCCUCAGUAGUUUGUGUUGUUUCGUCAACUGAAACAAAUUUCAGUAUUCAAUGGUACAAGGACGGUGUGCUCAUUGACGUGGCAGCUAGUAGAGGAAAACUUUCUACAGUGAACAACGUGCUGACGAUCAGCCCUUUCGAGAUUACCGAUUCUGGCCUAUAUACUUGCAGAGCGAGACAUCAGGGUGGACAAUCGGAAAUUGGUCAACCAUCAAACUUAACUGCCUUCGAGGUACCUUCUCUAAAUGAGGUACCUUCUAUACAGACGUGGCUUCUCUACAGAGGUGGCUGCUCUGCAGAGGUGGCUUCUUCUGGCUUCUUUACAGAGGUAUCUUCUUUACAGAGCUGGUUUCUCUACAGAGGUGGCUUCUCUGCAGAGGUACCUUUUCUACAUGAGGAACCUUCUCUACAGAGGUGGCUUUUCUACAUGAGAGGUGGCUUCUCUACAAAGGUGGCUUCUCUACAUGAGAUGGCUUUUCUACGGAGGUACCUUCUUUACAUGAGGUACCUUCUCUACAUGAGGUGGCUUCCCUACAGAGUUAGAUUCUCUACAGAGUUAGAUUCUCUACAGAGCUGGUUUCACUACAGAGAUGAUCUCUGCAGUGGUAUACCAACCAAGCCUAUCAUUACAACAAGUCAUCCCAAUGGAAUUUUGCUGGAAGGAGAAUCUUUAGUAUUGAACUGUAGUACUAGCAUUGGCUUUCCAGUACCCUCUCUGGUCUGGAAACGAGGCACAGCUGACGUGGUCGUAGAUGGAUCAUCUAAAGCCUCAAUAGAUGUGUCUGCUAGUUUUGUGUAUAACGACUAUUCUUCAGUCGUUGCAUUCAGUGACAACAGUUCCGUUUAUGUAUGCGAGACGGAAAACGAACACGCAACAGUUUCGACUGAAUUCGCACUCAAAGAUGUUUAUGUGACCCCGCAGCCAAAAGUCGAGAUGUCACCAGUCCUUUGGGACGAAGAAAAUAAAGUGGCAAGUUUUAAUGAAGACCAAACUUAUAGCAUCAACGGUACUAUAACAAGAUACAAUCCAAAGACCGCUGCAGUACGUUGGCUUGUUGGCAAUGUGGACAUGGCACCGUCAUAUAUCGGGGAAAUAAUUAACUCGGAGGGAACAUAUGCAUAUAUGUCGUCACUUGAUUUAUUGAUGUCAUCAAAUUUGAAUGGAACACAUGUUACAUUUAUGGUGACGCAUCCCGAGACGACUUCCAGCAAUGCUUCAUUUGCUAUAAUUAUACGAUAUAAGCCACGAGUUUCUAUAGAUUCCCCCUCUGGUCUUGUUAGGAAAGGUGCCACAUUUACUGUGACGUGUAAUGUUAUAUCUGGUCUGGACUACAACGUUACGUGGACGAAUAAGGCAUCUGGCACGAGGAUUGUUACCUCAACCAAGUACUUCAUCACGGGUACCAACGGCCAAAUACUGACUGUUCUAAAUGCAGAUUACACGGACAGUGUGACGUAUGUCUGUUCGUCCAUGAACAGUGUGGGGAUGGCAAUAAAUACCGCGGAGUUUUACCUGAGGGUAUACGAGGAAGCUGGAUUGCCGAUCAUGUCCGGAUUUAAUCGUAUCGUUUACCACGGUGACACAGUAUCCGUGUAUUGCAAUUCCUCUGGUGGUAACCCUCAAGCGGCAAUUGAAUGGGAAAGGAAUGGUGUGUCUCUACAGACAGGCUUUCUGUCAAUAUAUGGCAACGACAAUACCAAUCCCAUUUCGAGUGUUUUAACAUUUGUCGUAAACUUUACAACUGACAGAGGUGCAGUUUUCAAAUGUACUGCAUCCAAUGCUUACAGUACUACCUCCAGCGAAAGAAGAUUUGCUGAUGUUUAUAAAUUUUCACAUGAUAUAUCUCUGACAGACAUCAGCACAGUUACUGAAUUUAUGACGUACACGGUUUACUGUGAGACCAAGGGAAUGUUUGUGCAACCUGAAGUCAUCUGGAUGAUAAAUGGUUUCAGGAGGUCCAAUGGCGUGACUAUUUCAUUUGAUAAAACGGAUGAAACCUUCAGCACCAAUUCAAGUUUAACCUUUAUGCCAACCAGGAGUGAUAACGGCCAUGACCUCGUCUGUAUCAUGCAGCAUUCUUCAGAAGGACGUAAAACAAAUGCUUCUCGUACACUUAAUGUACAAUCUCCACCUUCAGGCAUUGAACUGGUACUACCGAGUGAACCACUAACUGCAUCUGAACCGCAGUUUCUUUAUCCUAAUUUGAUCUCCGGGAAGCCUUACAGAUGGCUGGGAGCAGUUGCACGUUCGCAACCACAGUGUGUGGUGGACUGGAUUAUUGGGAACCGAAACCCUAGCAACUACACGUUAGUUGUUACUAAUAACACGGACGGAACCGUCAGAACUGUGACCACUCUGUACUAUACCCCGACACUUGCUGAUAAUGGUCAGCAGUUGACGUUCAACGUGUUUCAUCCUCAGACAUCAACAGUUGAGAAUAGAAAUACUCAGUUGGUUGUCCAUGGUCCACCGAGUGUUAUGAUUUCACUAGAUUCAGUUGACGUCAUUGUAAACAAUGAUUUCACUGGUCAGUGUAACACGACGUCAUCACUUACAUACUCUGUAAAGUGGUACAAAGGAGCCACAGAGUUAUCCAACGGUGCCAAGUACAUGUUGAGUGGCGAUGUUUUGACAAUUUUUAGUGUCCAGUCCUCUGAUGAGGGUCCGUACAGCUGCACAGCUACAAAUGCUGCUGGUCAAUCAACCAUGAGCAAUGCUGCUUUACUCAGCGUUAUAUCUGGAGGCGGUUUCCCGGCCAUCACUAACUUUGUACUCAAACCAACGGAAGGUUCUACUCUACCAUUAACGUGUACUUCAGAAGGAGGAAAGCCAACUCCUGAUGUCAUCUGGAAAAAGAAUAAUGAGACUAAAGAUGCCACAGACUUUCCUAGUAUAAGCAAUGGUGUGACAGUUAAAACCAACAUUUGGUUCUAUACUGUGGCAUUCGCCGACCGUGAUGCCAACUUUACAUGUCUUGUGACGAACAGUGUCGCAAAUAAGACCAGACAUAAAACGUUUGAAGACGUCUAUAUCCCACCUGUCAAUAUAGCCAAUUCACUGGCUGGUCCGACUACUAGCGAAGAAGGGAACGUAGUCACAUUCUCCAUUAACUUUACAAGGGUCAACCCAGCACCUGCAGUCUCUUGGUCAGUAGGAGGAAAUACGUUACCUAGCAACGUGCCAUCAGUAACUUCGGUAGAAACGGCUGCAGGCUAUCUGAAUGCAAUUGCUAGUAUCACUUUUGUACAAAGAGCGGAAUACAAUAAAAAAGUGCUUGUGGCUGCGGUUAGACAUCCUGAGACAAGCACAGCCUUUGAUGUAGCUGCCACUCUUACCGUGAACUCCGCACCUUCAGUUCCAACUAUCGACGGAUUUCCCAACACAAACAUAAGUACAGUUGGCAGGAAUCAUCAGCUGGUAUGUAAAACCAUCGGGGGAUAUCCUGUUCCGACCCUCAUGUGGUACAGAAAUGGUGUGCCAAUCCCAAGUAUCCCCGACCAGGACCGCAGUACAGAACCAAUCGUCACUACCGCUACCUAUAAUUUGUCAGUACAGCUAACGGAGAAAGGAGCUGAGUUCAGAUGCACAGCUCAGAAUGAUAUCAAUGGAAUGAGCAUAGCAGUUAGCCUAAAGGAUGUAUAUGUUGAAGCGGAAUUGGAAUCGCUAACAGGAAAUUCGGAUGUCAUAUCUGGUAAGAACACAUCUUUUACGUGUAAAACAAGACCCAGUCAUCCUGAGCCUAGGUUACAUUGGUCGAUGCUUUCUAUGUCCGGUGCGUCCGAGAACUUACCUGUAAGCACGUAUACGGUUAUCCAGCAGCCCGCAAAUGGAUUAGUAAGUGUCGAGUCCACAGUAUACUUCGUUCCUGACCAGGAUGAUACUGGAAAAGCUAUCGAAUGUGCCUCAACACAACUUGGAUUACAGCACGUUGCUGAUGGGUCACUGCCAAUCACCGUUCAUGGACCACCUUCAGCAACUGCUUUGUCCAACACAACCUCCAUCCUCGGUGAAACUAAAACCUUCACCUGUAGUGUUGUGUCCUCACUCACCCCUUACAAUGUUACUUGGUACAAAAGUAUCAGCAAUACACAAGCAACAUUACUUCAAGGAGUAAAUGAACAGUUCUCGGUAUCGAAUAUUCAUCCGAUGCAUAAGUUAAUUAUCUACAACAUUGACGUCGAUGAUAACGGCGUCUACUUUUGCAUCGUACAAUCUGCUGCUGGGGUUUCCCAAAGAGCUGAAGUAUGGCUAACAGUUUAUACUAAACCAACCUCAACUUCUUUUGAGAACGGGUUAAGCGCCGUUGCUGUUACUGAGACCAGUGGUGAUAUCAGUGCACGUUGUCUGACGGAUGUCCAUCCUGCCAACAAUGCCUCAUUCAUGUGGUACUUCUCCAGGAUUGACAGUCCCAGUGUGAUGACAGAAGUUGACUCCUCCUAUGUUAGCAAUGAUGAACUUAACAUUCCAAGAGCAACCAGGCAAAACUCUGGGCUAUACACGUGCAAAGCCGUCAACCAUUUGGGCAACAGCAGCGCCUCGUUUUCAGUUGAUGUACAAUAUCCACCAGAGUUGGAUACCAACAAUGUUCAGACUGAAUACACUGAAAAUGUAGAUGAACUCGUACAACUCGUGUGCAAAGUCCUUGCAAAUCCUGCUCCAACUGGUUACACAUGGAUGCACGAGAAUGAAGCAGUUGGAACAUCGGAGACUCUUGAAGUGUCAGUAGAAUCUGGAACGAACAUUUACACUUGCGUGGCAACGAAUGCUCUCGGGUCCUCGGAGGGAUUCAUCUAUACCAUUGAAGCUCUAGGUGACAGUGCACCUGCUACGGGCGCCUCUACCGCGGAUGAAGGCCUUUCAAGUGCCGUCAUCGCCGCCAUUGUUCUUGGUGUUAUUUUCUUUCUCCUCAUUCUCAUCAUCUGCUGUGUUGGCUGUAAAGCUUACAAAGACAAACAGAAAAAAGAAAAGGCCAGGAGUCCAGAAAAGAAGAAAAAGCCUAAACAUAAACCAAGUUCCGUGGUACCUGACACCGAAGACAAACAUUCGACGCUCUACCCCAGAAGCAAGGACCCAGCCUUAAUUUUUGGACCAGCUCGACAUCAGUAUGAUGAACAGCGUCACUAUCCAAGGGAGAUUCAUGCCGGUUCAUUUAUUGAACGAGAUUACAGCCACAGGGACGGGUUUGAUCCGAAUGCGUACUACUUUGCCGCACCUGGCAGCGAAGUGGAUAACAUGUUUUACAGAGACACCGGAUUCCGGCAAAGACGGCCGAAAGUGCUUCCUCCUGUGACCACGGCUCUUUACACGAAGGAGGCAAAACGACGGAAGGAUCGGCGCAGGAAAGCAAAGAGGAAGCGACAACAAGAACGACAGGCAGCCGAGGGCAUGGAAAACCCGGAAAAAUCUAAAGACACCUCUCAGCCGAUAGUUAUAGACGAUAAUCGGCCAGAAAAGGACGCGGCUGCGGACACAAAAAUCUUACUAGGAGAUAAAUUCAAAAAUUAAACAAUGCGGAAUUCGGGUAAAG